CCCACUGCCCCUACCCCACUAUCUAUCUUUUAUAAGCUCUUCGAAAAUUCAUAAUCAGAUAUUCAGAUUUGCCUUGCUUUUCCCUCUCUCCUCUCUCUCUCUCUCUAGGGUUGGUGGCUUUUGCAGUUUGGGCUUCCUCUUCUGCUGGGAGAUGGUGAGGCAAAAGAUUCAGAUAAAAAAGAUCGAUAACUUGACAUCGAGGCAGGUGACUUUUUCCAAGAGGAGAAGAGGGCUUUUCAAGAAGGCUCAAGAACUCGCCACUCUCUGCGAUGCUGAGAUUGCUCUCAUCGUUUUCUCGGCCACCGGCAGGCUCUACGACUACUCCACCUCCAGCAUGAUGCAAAUCAUCCAAAGGCUUAAGAUGCAUUCAGAGGGUAGCAACCGAUUCCGGCAAAUUCUCCAUAAUCAGGAGGGAGGCGACUACAAUGGUGCGGCCAGCAAGGAACUCACGUCCUUGACUCUCGAGCUCAAGCAACUUAAUGGAGAAGAGCUCCAAGGGCUCGGCAUGUCUGAACUGGCCAGGCUGGAGAGAGUGGUUGAGUCGGCAUUGGGCCGUGUUGUGAAAAAAAAGAAUGACAUGCUUAUGAGCGAGAUCAACAAGAUGAAGACGAGGGAGAUACAAUUGGAAGAAGAAAAUGCAAUGCUGAAACAGCUAGCUGAGUGUGUGCAGAACACAAGAAACACAGUGGAGCUAGGAAGUUCAGUUGAGUCCAUCACCAACUCUGAUGGCCUUGGCGGCCGCAGUCUGGACGACGACAAGAGCGUCUCUGACACUGCUCUCAAGCUGGGCUUACCUUUUGCCGGCGGCGACUGUUAGUAUAGUUAUAUAACCAGAAAAUGUGUACUCAUUAAUUUGAGCUGCGUUUAGUUACUUAAUUUAUAUGAACUUGGCUGACUUCCAACUUCUUACUAUUACUUUUGUAAUGUUGAUUUGAUUCUAGUUACAUUUAUGAAAAUAAUUAUUCAACGA